AUGCACAAAUCCCAGAGAUUUUAUUGUGCCUUCCUUGUUUCCUUUUUUCCCUUUCUCCUGCUUAAAAAGAUGCUGAAAACUCCCAAAGAAAAAUUCUUUCCAUGUGAUCCCAUCGCUUUCCCUCUUGGCUGGAACUCUGGAUGUGGUUUUGGGUUCUGUGGUGGAGCUUUUUUCAUCCUUUUUUCUUUUUUUUUUUUCCAAAUCCCAAUUUUUUUUCACUUUUUAUUUCCAUCCCCGGGAGAGGCCUUGUGGAAUUCCAGACUGGCAGCAAAUCCCGAGGAAACCGGAGCGGGACAAAGGCUCGGGAGCCCGGCACAAGUUGGUGCAAGCAAAGAAAACCAGGGAAGAAAUUCCUUUUGCCGAGGUUUCCUGAGGAUCCAGGCUGACUUUCCUUGUUUCUCUUGGAUCCCAGCACGGGAGCUGCAGCCCGGCUGGAGAGCUGCAGCAGCUGAGGAGCAGCGAGGGAAGGAAAAUCCAGGGAUUCUGAGGGACCAGCUGCUCCCGAGGGAGGAUGAGCGCCGUGAUCCCGCUGCUGCUGCUGCUGAUUCCCGCCGGGAAUGCCGACUCCCAGCCGGAGCCGGCGCUGCCCAGGCGGCGCCUGGCGUGCGUGAGGUGCUGCGGGCCCUCGGAGCAGCCCGUCUCCAUCUUCUCCCAAAGAUCCGCCAGGAUGAGCGGCCAUCCCCAAUAUUCCCUGCCCAAAAUCCAGCCCACCAUCGACAUCACCAUCCUCAAAGGCGAGAAGGGCGAGAUGGGCGAGCGGGGAUUGCCGGGAGCGGCCGGGAAGGCGGGAGAGCGCGGAUCCCGCGGGCUGAGCGGCCGCAAGGGCCAGAAGGGCCAGGCUGGCCCCCAGGGCCACCCCUGCAAGCAGCUCUUCGCCGCCUUCUCCGUGGGCCGCCGCAAGGCCCUGCACAGCUCCGACUACUUCCAGCACGUCACCUUCGACACGGAGCUCGUCAACCUCUACCAGCACUUCAACAUGUUCUCCGGGAAGUUCUUCUGCUACAUGCCCGGGAUCUACUACUUCAGCCUCAACGUGCACACCUGGAAUUUCAAGGAGACCUACGUGCACCUGAUGAGGAACGAGCAGGCCGUGGCCAUCCUGUACGCCCAGCCCAGCGACAGGAGCAUCAUGCAGAGCCAGAGCCUGAUGCUGGAUCUGCAGGAAGGGGAUGAGGUUUGGGUCAGGAUGUUCAAGAGGGAGAGGGAAAACGCCAUUUACAGCGAGGAGUCGGAUCUUUACAUCGUCUUCAACGGGCACCUGAUCAAACCCGCCCUGGAGUAGGAGCUCCUCAGCUCCAGGGCCAAGCUUUGGGCCAUCCAGCAGUGCCUUCCCUCGAGAAGUGCACCUCGGAUUCCAUCUGGAAGCAGCCCUGGAAGAGUUGUUUCCCCACAUCUGUGUGGCUCCAAGCCGCACAAGAAUUCCAGAAGGUUCCCAGCUCCCUUUGUGGCCCCUCGGGAGCAUCCCUGCGGUUUGUCCAACUGACAGCAAAAAUCCCCCUUCUUUCCCUGCGUCUCCCAUUCCAUUUGGAAUAGUUGCAGCCCUUGGAAGGGUGGUUUUCCCACUCAUUCAUGGAUGGAGGGAACUGUUCCAACUGCACAAGAAUUCCAGAAGAUUCCCAGCUCCCUUUGUAGCCCCUCAGGAACAUCCCUGAAGAGCUGCCAAGGUAGCAGCAAAAAUUUCCCUUCUUUCCCUGCAUCUCCCAUUCCCUGUGGAACAGUUGCAGCCCUUGGAAGGGUGGUUUUCCACCCCAUGUGGACAAAGGUGGCUGCUCCACCUGCACAAAAAUUCCAGAAGGUUCCCUGGUCCCUGUAAGGACCCUCAGGAACAUCCCUGAAGAGUUUGCCAUGUUGACAGCAAAAAAUUCCGCCUUGCUCUGCAUCUCCUGUGCCCGUUGGAAUAUUUGAAGGGUGGGUUUCCACCCCUGUGUGGAUGGAAGGAGCUGUUCCACCUGCACAAAAAUUCCAGAAGAUUCCCAGCUCCCUGUGUAGCCCCUCAGGAACAUCCCCAAAAGUUUGCCAAGUUGGCAGCAGAAUUUCCCUCCUUUGCUGUGCUUUAGAUAAAGAAUUACAAUAAUUAGGAUAUUGUUACAAUUAAAUAAUUAUCCCUGAGGACCAGAGUGGGUGUCCAGGUGCUAAUUAAGGAAUUUUGUUAUUCCUGCAAAAAUCUCAGUGAAUUAGAGCCACCCCCCUCAGCAGAACCAAGCUGGCUCCUCUCAGGCAGGAAUUUUGGCAUUAAACUCAAUAUUUUGCACGGGAAUUAAUCCCAAAUUCCAGCUGGGUUCCAUUCUGUGCUGUAUCCCAUGGUUCCAGCAGAAUGGUGGAAUUAGAGGAGUAACAAACAGCAGAUGGAUCCAGGAAAGCUUUUCCAAGGAAACAGAGCUCGGUACAACCACAAGCUCCAGAGAAAAACUUCCUAGAACACCCAGCCUGCCUGGGAAUGGGCUUCCCAGCUGGACAAAAGGCUGGGAAUUUGGGAUUUGCCAAGCUGGGAUUGCAGGCUAUGCUCCCAUCUGGACAUUCCCAGUCUGGAGCACCAACAUUUCUGGGAAAUGGAGGAAAGGCUGGAAAGAAAUUGGUUUUUUUGGUUUUAUUUUUUGGGGGUUUUUUUUAGGGAUUUGGGGUUUUUCCUCAGAGAUUAGCGUCUUGGAGCACCAUCAUUUCUGGAAAAUGGAGGAAAAACAGGAAAGAAAAAUGAGUUUUUCUUCAAGCAGUGAUUUUUAGGGAUUUGGGGGUGUUUUUCCCAGAAAUUACCAUUUUAUGGCAUCAUCAUUUAUGGAAAGUGGAGGGAAAACUGGAAAGAAAAAGGAGCUUUUCUUCAAGCAGUGAUUUUUAGGGAUUUGUUUGGGUUUUUUUUUCCUAAAAAAUUAUGGAUGGAAGCAUGGUGCAUGCAGCAAAGCCCCAGCAUUUUAUCCCAUUCCUUCUUCUCCUUUCCCCAGGCUCUCGUUUGCUUCCCAAACCUUUUGUGCAAAGAAUCCAGGGAAAUUCUUGCCAGGAAAACGCUUUCCUGGGUCUCACCUUCCCCAGCUUUGGGAAAAGUAGCUGAAAUAAAGAUUUUGCUUUCAGUA